UCACCUCUCAGUCCCCGGAUGUAAAGGCACGGAUAGGAAGCCACCAGCACAGCACACGUGAAAACAUCAAAAAACAGACAGCUGACACAAGAUGGACAUCACAGAGGUCCCCGUGAGUCAGGACAACAAAGGUAAGAAAAAAAAGAAUAAGAAGCCGAAGAAGAAGGAGACUGUGAGCGAGAAGGGAAAUGGAGAAGGCAGCGGAGCGGAGCAGAAAGAGGAGGCGAAGGCGGAGAAGAGUGAGGCAGCGACUGCCUUCCCCCCCACCUUCAGUGUGUCCGAAAUCAAGAACAAACAGCGAAGACACCUCAUGUUCAUGAAACUCAAGCAGGAGAAAAGACAGCAAAAGAUGCAGUUGAAGAAAAAGAAGAAGAAAGAAAGGGAAGCUUUAGGUGACAAGGCACCACCAAAAGAGGUCCCUAAGACGAUAGAAAACCAGAGGGUCUACGACGAGACAACAGUUGACCCAGAAGAUGAGGAGGUUGCAUUUGACGAGGGAACUGAUGAAUUUUCUGCCUAUUUCAAUGGGCUCACAAACCCCAAAGUGCUCAUCACAACAUCAGACAGACCCAGGGGGAGGACGGUGAGGUUUUGUGAGCAGCUGGCCACAGUUAUCCCAAACGCCCAUGUGUACUACAGAAGGGGCUUGGCCCUGAAGAGGAUCAUUCCCCAGUGCGUCGCCAGGAACUUCACCUACCUCAUGGUCAUCAACGAGGAUCGUAAAGUGCCCAAUGGUAUGGUUCUCUGUCACCUACCUGAUGGGCCAACUGCACACUUCAAGAUGAGCAGUGUUCGACUGCGGAAGGAGAUGAAGAGACGGGGUAAAGAUCCCACAGAGCACUCUCCAGAAGUGAUCCUAAACAACUUCACCACACGCCUGGGCCACAGCAUCGGUCGGCUGUUGGCCGCUCUCUUUCCACAAGACCCCCAGUUUGUGGGUCGACAGGUCGCCACCUUCCACAACCAGAGAGACUUCAUCUUUUUCAGAUUCCACAGGUACAUCUUCAAAAAUGAGAAGAAAGUUGGCAUUCAGGAGCUCGGACCUCGCUUCACCCUCAAACUUCGCUCUCUACAGAAAGGCACCUUCGACUCAAAGUUUGGAGAGUAUGAGUGGGUCCUGAAGCGCCAUGAGAUGGACGCCUGCAGACGGAAGUUCCAGCUCUGAGCACAUAACAGUGUUCCUCUGUGGUUAUUAAGAUAUUACAGCUGUUUGUGGACUUGCACAAAUGGACUUCAUAGUGGAUGUCCCAGACUCUUUGAGGAUGACCAGUGGUCACAGUUAACGCUUUGUCCUUUCAGCACAAUUAGAGGUUUGAUGCUGACAACUGGAUUUUAUGACAUCACAUCGCUGUUGAUUCAGAUUCUCCCUGAAAAACAACUUUUCUAAAGCUGCAUAUGCAAAACCUUUCGGAGACAGAGUAUGAAACAGGAACCUGUGGCUUAUGCCUGGACUUUUACCCUGUCUGUUUAUUAGCAGACACUAGAGAGGAGACGUGCAGAUGCUCCACAUGAACCCCAACAACCUGAAAAUCCUGACCUGUGCGUUUAAGGUGGAAGCUAUAUUGGCAGAUGUACAGUUCAAAGCCCGCAUAAAUGUGGCUCCAGUUACAGCAGAAAUUCAGACUGUGAGCUCUCUGUAAGUCAUGUGAAUCUGCCUUGGACACAUACACCUGAGAUGGGUAAAUGGUUCAGAUUGUGUCUACAGUGCAACUGCUUUUGUACGUGAUGGGACUUGGAAAUAAUUACAGAUGACACACUGAACACAGUUCACAGAUGUCUACAUGUGUGUAUACUCAUUUUAAUAAAAGUUUAAAAUGUGGAAA